GUUGUACUUCCAUCCAUAUCUUCCGACUGUCUACAUCUGUUUUUUACCAGCAUUGUCGAUCUUACGUUCCUUUCUGUCGCUACCAUGAUCCUUGAUCAGAUCGCUUGGGUGGACUGCUUUGUAUUCCUAAUACUGCUCGCGCCGCAACUCCUACUCCAUGUUGGCGUACUUGACACCGCAAUAUGCGCUUCCAAGGCAUUGCCGCACCUUCUCUUUGUGUUGCCGUUUCAGCUUGUGAAGGAACGCUAUUUCACACAGAAGGACCAGCAAUCACCCUUUGUACAACACGCAACUCUGUUUCAGGAUGUCGUCAUCCGAUGCGUCCGAUAUGCGUUCGCGAACAUACCAGCCAUAAUCGGCAAGGUGUUCUUUUCCAAGAAUGUGGCCCUACCGUUCAUGCGCUUCCGAAUGCUUCGCCACGGGAUCUGGAAGUGUCCCAUCUACUGGCGUGAGGUCAAGCGUAACAAUUUCCAAGGCAUUUACAUAAUAGACGAUGAAACUCGUCGACCUGAUGUGGUAGUGUACUAUUGCCAUGGCGGCGGCUUCAGUAUGGGCUCGUCGUACUUCUACAUGGAGUUCCUACUCGCUUGGGUCACUUUAUUGAAAGAGGCCGGUUACAGCAACCCAGCACUGUUCGCUUUGGAGUACACUCUGGUGCCAGAGAAGACGUAUCCGACGCAGGUGCAACAGACGCUUGCAGGCUACAAGUAUUGCUUGUACAUGGCUAGCGAUGACCCGAAGAGAGUAUGCGUUAGUGGUGAUUCAGCCGGAGCUACCUUGAUACUGAGCCUGCUGCUUUGCUUGUCCGACUUCGCGGGGAUGCGGAACAAGCUGCCUGGUAUCGCAAUCCCAAUCAGCCCUUGGGCCGCCAUCAUCAGCUCGAAGAAUAAGAACACUCCGUCCGACUACCUGGACGAGGACAGUCUGCAGCUUUACGGCAGCCAAUAUAUUGGUACCAAAGCGUCGCCAGAGGAUCCCUUGGUGUCACCAGGCCAUUGUAAGGACGUGGCGCGGUGGCGGAGGGCGAGCCCAACACUCGGCUGGUUCUUCGUUUAUGGCGCAGAAGAAGUCUUCGCACCUGUUGCUAAGGAGAUGGUGAAGUUGCUGAGGGAAACCGGCGCUCAGGUCGAAGUGCUUGAGGAGAAGGGCUGGAUCCAUGCUUGGCCUGUGGUUAAGCUGUUCCUGUGCAACGAUCAAGAAGAGCGCCUAAGCGGCCUGCGACCCAUGGUGCGCUUUACCAGGGAGAGGAUAGAGCCGUUAAAAUUGGAUUAGCAGGACUUUCCACCUUCAUGACCCGCUUCGCACUCUUUCUCCGCGACUCAUUUAGGUC